UGUCAACAAUACUCGUCUUCUAAGGCUAUCUUGUAUCUCCACCACCAGAUAAUAUCUAACCUUGAUUCCCCCGAAAUGUCGUCUCUGCUCGAAGACUCAUAUACCGCCCUGCCUCUCUCUACCACCAAAAGCCAACCCUCUCCUCCUAUCCAGUCAUAUCAGCUCCGCCAAUCCAUAUGUGAAGUUGAGACAGAGCUUCUCAUCCAGACAUUCGACGAUCGAAUAUUGGCCAUUGUCACUCAGAAUGGCAAAGUAGGAUGCCUUACCCAAGCUUCCCUCCCACAACAAAUACCUCUUCCUCCUCCAACUGUGCCUUUACAGUCCAAUGGUCAUCCUUCAAAUCUACACAUUCUCUCUAUUCUUCCUCCGCCCCCCCAUUCAGCAUGUCUCACACCCCUUCUAGGCUCACCACCCCAGCAAACUUUGCAUGAGCUGUAUGUUUCUCAAAUAGCAACUCUUGUCUGGUGGGCAUUGCAAACUAGCGGUCAGAUGAGAAGACAUGUGGUAGUAGGCUUGUCCCUCAAGCAGAAUGGAAGAAGGGCGCGUGAUGAAGACGAUGCUAAAGAAGAGGCUCUUGUAGAAAGCGAAAGAGAGAGGUAUGCUGGAAUCAUGGACAUGGUAUCUCGAUGGCCAGGCCCAGAGUAGAGCAUGGAAUUAAACCUGAAAUAAAUACAUGCAUAUUAUCUUCCUGCUAUCAAAGAAGCUUGUACAAAAUAAAAUG